UUUAGGCGUUUGUACAACUCCAUCAUUCAUGCAGAUCCACGGUAUCAGGUGUACCCCUGAUUAUGAUACGGAGACAGAAGAUACAAAGGACUACACUUACGGUUGGGUCCCUGUGAAAGAAAAUGUUUCUUGGAAUGACGUCACCAUAUCAUAUCAAUAUCACGAGAAUAGCGACAAGGAGACGACCACGUACACAGGACAUUUCGGAACCUAUGGUAGCGGUGGAUAUCUCAUUGAUUUGGAUAUUACGCCUGCAAAGACAACAUAUCUCGUUAAUAGUUUAAAAAAUGGUACAUGGCUUGAUGAAAGAACCCGCGUCCUUUUCAUAGAAGCAUGUCUCGUAAACAGAAACAACAUGUUGUUUACCCAAGUCCAAAUCAUGUUUGAAUUUCCAGGUACAGGCGGAAUAUUCACGAAAACAACGGUUGUAUCGUCCAAUCUCUACCAAUAUACAAACACCUUUGAUUAUAUCAUUCUGUUCCUACAGGUAUUGUUUGUAAUCACCAUUUUUGUGCGGUUCCUGUUUGUGGUUAUAAAUGCUAUGAAAACUAGAUGCCAUUCCCUUAUAACAACAAGCCAAGUCAUUGACAUGUUCCAUCUUGGAGUUUCCGUCACCGCCAUUGUGUGUCUCGUCAUGAGAUUGACCAGCACGAUUGCCGUUCUCAACACACUUAGAAUUGAUACGGGAUUUUACACGUCCUUUGGACGGGUCUUUCAAUGGGAUGAAUAUUACUCUAUAUCACUGGGCAUGACCACAUUUGUCGCUAUCCUCGAUCUACUCAAACAUUUGUCAUUCAACUAUCACAUCUUCCUGAUGUACAGAACAAUUUUGACUUUUCGGUCUGAACUUUUUCAGUUUACAAUAGCUCUUUCAGUCCUGAUUGUGGGAUUCGCGUGUCUGAUCAACCUGAUGUAUGGCCACACAGAAAGCGCCUUCAGAAGCAUACCAAUCGCGAUCCAGACUCUGUUUCGAAUGACAAUCGGAAUGAUAAAAUUCCGUAAUGACAUCCAGGUGGUAGUUAUAGGUAUAUUAAUUACAUUUGCGGUAUAUGCGUUGGUCGCCACCGUUUGCUUUGUCAACCUUUUCGUGAGUUCACUGGACUAUAAAUUAACACAUAUUAAACAGCUUAUCAAAGACGGGUUGACAACGUUCGACUGGCAUUUAAGUGGUCACUUUUGGAAUAGACUUGCAAACCUGUUCACCAUAUGUGGAGCUACAAGACCAAACAAACGAGGAAAGAAAGAUCAUUCAUGUGGAAUCAAUCUACAAAAGGGAGAAUUAAGCUUCUGCAGAUUCCUAACGAAUGUUAUGCGACGGUUUGGAGAAGACACCGAUUUAGAAAGAACAGCCCUACAUAGAGUUUUGCUACAGUUGAAACGCAUAUGUAGACGCAGGGCGACACCUAACGGAACACAGUACAGAUAUUCUACUGACUGGGCAAGGGAAGAUGACACGUUGAUCAUUGAGUUCCUUUGUGACACGUUAAACUGUAGAAUACACGUUGACUGUUAUACGUCAUCUGAAGCUGGCCGACAGGGACUUGUACCGUACGGUAACGCCACCGAGCCACUCAGCAUGCUGUUUAAAAUCAACCUGUCUAACAGAGGUCGUGGACGUACAAACACAAAGAACAAUGGCGUCACGGAUGGCAGACACUCGCCGUGUUUUGUGAUGAUCAAAGUACCUGCCCGCCUGUUGUCGUGUCGACCUACGUUCCUCAUCAUGUACAGCGGUAACCUUGGUGACUGGUGCCAAUAUACAGCCAAUCAUGGCAUUAAAAACGAAGGGGAGGUAUAUUUGUCCGCUACCGCCUCAUGUUGCCCACAGUACGUUAUGGCUGUAACCUCUGACCUUUGGCCUGGUAUUCCACCUGUCAUACAGCAGGACAAUGCCAUAGAAUACGUCCUUACUAAACAGGGUGAUGUCUUCUACCUUCCUGGACUGUGCAAUAAAAUAGUAUUCAUGUUUCCUAAGGACAGUGUCACGAUAGAUACAGACAUCACGAUAUUGUUGGAGCCUGGUGAGAAAUUCCCCAUACUACAUGUCGUGGCCGGUGGUGACGUAUCAGGACCGAUCACAGUCCAGUUCAGGAGGAAAAGACACUACCAACCGCAAACCGGCGAUGUCCCAGAAAUUAAACUUCUGACAAAAGUAGGAGACAUGGAAUGGAAAGAAGGAAUUCCCGGUACACAGACCUACCCAAGUGACUUGAGCGUCCAGAUCGAUUGUCUUCGAAGAGGCGUGAAGACAUCCAUCACGGCAUGUGAAUCCAACUACGUCAUCAUGUUGCACAGAAAUUCAAAUAGAUAUCUCGAACACGAGAUUGAAAUCCUUUCUGCAGUACACAGAAAAAAUAUCCCAACGCAGCAUUGGCGUCAAGUCGGACGUAAUCUUGGACUGUCACAAGAGAAGCUGACGCAAAUCGAAAUGAAGAAACCGAGGACUCUCGAGGAAAAGACUUGCAUUGUAUUGCAUGAAUGGUUGAAGCAAAAUCGAGGAAGGGGUCUUUACGAAAUCCGCGAGACCUGGAUGUGAUUUUAGAUUUUGUAUGUUUUCUAUUCCUUUCCGUACAAUAUGACUUUAAAAAGACGUUUGAAGUCGCUUGAAGUGUUUUUUUUUUGUUUUUUUGUUGUUGCAUGUUGUCUUUGAAUAUGUAAAAAAGUUGAUAUUGUUUUAAUUGAAAUAUGUUUAAUACAACACCAGAAUUAGUUGCACCAUUACUAAUCAUAAAUGUCAAACUAAUAUGGUUCAAAUGUUGAAACCCUAAUCAAAGUCAAUAUUGACAAGCUUAGCCUUUCUCACAACUAUAAUUGCAGGAAAUCUACUGACAAACACUAAUUUAGGCGGUAUGGGGGGCAGUGUUUAUAAAAAAAACACCUAUUGUAUUUCUAUUUCUUUUCAUUAAUAACAUGUACAUUUUUUGUAUCGCUUACCAAAUUAAUUAAUAAUUUCCCGAAGUAGUUUACGAGUUUAAAGAAAAAGGCGAAUCAGACUUGUCUUGGUGAAUACUGUCCAAUAUAUCAUUUAGCUGCUCAAAGGGCAAUGGGAGUGACAAGGUGACACGCACUCCGUCUCUAUCGCCACAAUGACUUAAAGGGACAAUAAUAAAUUAAUCAAUUUGCAUUUAGAC